AUGGGCCCUCUCGGCCUCACCGACCAGUCACCCUCAAGGUUCCGAAAGCGGAUCCAUGGAAGUGCCAACGGAAGUGGGGAUCCGAGAAUGUGCCGACGUAGACUUAUAGAUGGCAAAGUAAGGUUUGUAGGCUCUAGCCAUGAACCAACAAGUAGUGAUUUCAACGAACAAAGGCGCAAAUGUACACAAAGACCAAGCAACUGCACGGUGAUUUUUGAUUGCCAGAGAAGACGCGGGCAAGCCAAUGGUGGAGCAAGGUCACAAGGUGCGGCUUCUCAAAGUUCAGCAGGCAUCCGGAUUGAGUUGACCAUAUUACACACCCCAGCUUGCAAGGCAUUUGUCACUGCUUGUGCCGAGCGCCUUGCUGGAUUUUCACUCAAAUUGUCUUGGGCAUAG